AUGCCAGCGCACGUGCACCAGGUCUUUGUACAGAGCAUCCGGAAAGAAGAACCAGAUGUCGCAAUCAACUCGAGUGCCCACUCUCCACCCAUCCAGUCGUCCUCUGGGAGAGGGUAUAUCGGGAAGAUAGGCUCUUUGUCCGAGAAGGAUCAGUAUAUCGGGGAGGCAGAGUCUCUGAAAGCAAUUGAUAUCGCUGCUCCGGAGCUCGCCCCCCGACUAAUAGCUUGUGGCGUGUUAGACGAGGAGACAGCAGAAUCAGAAGGUGAUAUCGGGAAGCCCUUUUUUCUCUGUGAAUACAGAGACAUGCGCUCGUUGUCUGAUAGCGCCGCUGAAAUCCUCGGAAAGAGAUUGGCAACCGAGAUGCACGCAUACAAGAGUAAAAAAGGGUUUGGCUUCCACGUCCCAACGUACUGCGGUAGAACAAGACAAGAGAAUGGUUGGUAUGAUUCGUGGGAGCAGUGCUAUGACGCUCUCAUUGGCAGUUUGCUGUCCACGCUUAAAAAGAGGGGGGGUUACGAGAGCUUAUGUGAAAAAGGCGACCAAGUUCGCAACCGAGUGAUUCCUGCCCUGCUGAGGCCCCUUGUCAUUCAGCCGGUUCUUCUCCACGGAGACCUAUGGAGUGGGAAUACUGGGACGGAUAGAAAAACAGGCAAACCCGUGAUAUACGACCCUUCUUGCUAUUUUGGCCACAGUGAGGCAGACCUGGCUAUUGCUCGUAUUUUCGGGGGAUUCCCAAGAUCCUUCUUCCAGACAUAUCAUCAGUAUCUUCCGAAGUCGAAGCCCGAAGAUCAAUAUGAGUUGAGGGGUGAUCUCUAUGAGCUAUACCAUUACCUGAACCAUACGGCUCUCUUCGGUGGUUCUUAUGCAGGAAGUGCAAGACAAAAGAUGGACCGUCUUCUUCGAGCUUUUCCGGAAGAAAAAUAA